UAAAUUAAUUAUAUAUAUUUUUAAUUUAUAUAUAUAUAUAUUAAAAAUAUUCAUAAGAAAUGAAUAUAUUAUAUCUUAAUUUUUAUAAUAAUUUUAAAUUGAAUGUCCAUACUAUUCUAUCAAUCAUUCAAUUAAACAGUUUGAAAAACAUAUAGUUUCUGCAUCAUAUUACUUUUCUAGUAUACUGGUAUUGUUUUAUUAUAUGCUCUGUCAAUCAAGAUCUUAGCGUUUUUAUACCGAAAGAUAAAAUACACAGAUUUUGGUAAACUUUUUUUUUUGGUAAAAAAGAUUUUGGUAAACUUAUUAGGGACAUGUAUAUUAGUUGUAGACUUGGAAAAGGCUGUCCACCAAAAUGACGAAAAUGAAAUCAAUGUUGUUCGGUGCCGGUUUUACAGAUCCCGAUCACGUGACGUAGAAAUAUAUUCGAGAAGUGAGGGAGAAUCAUACUUGGACAAGAUAAUCUUGCAUGCUCUUAACAUGACACAAAAUACAAAAGUCUUGAUUUUGUGUUUAAAAAAAAAAAACUGUUUGCCGACAAGAAUUUAGCUUAACAAGCAAUUAAAUAUGCAACUACGAGAAGAGAUGGAGUGAGAAGUAGGCAACAUUGUGAUGACGUGGCUGUAUUUCAACCGAACAGAAAACGCCGUCGACAUCGAUUGCAUUCGAAAACAAUCAUAUCGCAUUGUUUGUUUCUCAGAACUUGUGCAGUGAUCUAGGCACUAUGUAAGGAUUUCACGUUAUAAAAUCUAGAAAUACAUGAAAAGAAUCUAAAUCCAAAAAGUUAACACAAACCUUCAAUUUUAUUUGAUCGGCCAACCAGAUUUCACAGAUUAUAAUCUAAUUUUUAUAAGCCUUUUGACUUCGUUAGUUACUGCUGCCUGCCGAUCUUUUCAGUCCCAUUUUUUCUCAUUUGUUUCAUUAGGUCUCUAAUAAUUAGAUUGUAAGGUUUCGUCUAAAUUAACUUCGUGGAAAAUAACAUCAACAAAGAUUAUCGGCAUGUUUUGAACAAUCUAAGCGAAUGUUUCUUAUUUUUCAAAGAAGGAAAACCAAUUCCUUUAAUAUAAGCUCAUUCAACAUUACUCUUAUGUUCGCCUAAUUUUUGGGUUAGGCAUUAUCUAUUUUAAGAUCAUCCCCAACCGAUAUCUAUUUUUAUUUUUAUAUUUUCUUGUAAAAUAGAAAAAUUAUAUUAUAGAAUUGGAUUUACUCCAAUGUAUGUCUCUAUAACAAAUUUUUUCUAUUUAAAAAAAAAAGUAUAAAUAAUUUUAUUUCCAUCUCUAAACAUAAAAAUAAAAAGUAAUAUUUUUUACAUUUUUUAUAAAAUAGAGAAACACUAUUAUAGAUACACAUACAUUGAAAGUAUAUUCACUUUUAUAAUCGAGAUUUUUUUUUUUAAAGAAAAUAUAAAAAUGUACAUUUUCAAUACUCUAACAAGAUAAUACUUCAUCUCGAACUAAUGGAUUUUUCUUGAUUACGAUUUUGUUGAUGGUAUUCACUCCGCUUUCUGGGACAUGCCAAAUAACAAGAUCUCACAGUGCUUUGGUUAUCUAUUAAUGUUACUAUCCUUUCCGAUGAAGACAUGAUGACAUUAGCCAAGUCUAGAAACAGUAUACAUAUACAAGUUAAGAAUCAUUUAUUUUUACUGUAUACGUUGAUAAAUUUAUUUCAUAAAAUGAUAAAUUAUUAUUUUAAUCAUUUUUGACACUUAAGUUUGACGUAUAUUUUAUUUAAUAUUUAUACUUUUUAAAAAAUCGAAUAUACUACUAACCAUUUCCAGUUGAUGCAUGUACUUUUGAUAAAAAGAACUAUAGCGUUUGUGGUGAUUCAGAUUAUUUUUUUGUAACAUUUUUACAUCUUAAAAAAAAAAUUACAUCUUUUAAAAAAAAAAAUUAUAUCUUUUCAAAUUUAUAUGUAUAAAACAUUUGGCAUCUUUUAAUUUAAAAAAACAUUUGACAUCUUUAGAUAUUUUAGUUUAAACUUCAAUCUUUAACUCCGCAUAUUAAAUUUGGCGGGCGGAGGAAAAAUACAAAAGAGUAGGACACGUAGGGAAAAGUGAGCAGACAUAUGUGUGAGUGUGACGUUAGGCAACUGAGUUACAUGUAAAUCCAAUGUCGGCAAAACAAUUCAAAAAAACAACUCGUCACGUCUCUCUCUAUCUCCAACUCCCAUAUGUCUCCUUGCACUAACCACUUCCUCUGCUUCUAUCUCCUUAUAAAUACCCUCCUGACUUCACUCUUUAACAAUCAUCAUCACCACCAACACUUCAAAGUAUGAAGAGACAGAGAGAGGAGAUGAAGGAAGAGGGGACUGACUCAUCAUUGGCUACUGCAGCCAUGGCAGUUGCGGUUGCUGCAGCGGUUGCGGAGGAGGAUAAAUUGUGGUGCGGUGGAGUGGUGGAGGAGAUGACGUGGAGCACCGUGUGGUUGCCUUUUUGGGAUGUUGAGUUUGUUGGCAGAAACUACAACUUGUUGUUCAGUGAUGUUGCUUGGGACGAUGAUAUUUGGAACCUCAAGAACCUAACUCAUUCCUCAUAGUCGUUUUCCUUGGAAAAAAUAUCCAGUUAUAGUUUAUUCUGUAUAAUUUUCGUUAAUUAUUGUCCAUCGAUGGGGUUGGUUUGAAAGUAAUUAUCUUUAGAUCUAAGAAUUAGUCCGUUUUUAAAACUGUGUUCAUACCUUAAUAAUGGUGCACUAUUAAUUAAAUUGUUUAUUGCAUAUAUAUUUACAUGCCGUCCUUAGACUUGUUUCAAGAUAAU